AUGAACAGAAUGAUCCUAAAUCAUUGUCGGUAUAUAAAGAAAUCAACCUUAUUAUGGGAGACCAGACUCUAUCAAAAUUUUCCACACAUAACACUCUCAAGGUCAUUGUCCUACUACACAAACCAGCCAUUAGGCCUGCAGUAUGAUAUUUCACAGAAAACCGUCAACGCAAGAAUAAGUUUGUACCCCUAUAUAAGAACAAUUUCAACAACAAACUGUAAUUAUGAUAAAGAGCCAUUAAAACCAUCCUCAAAAGUUGAAGCCACAGUUGAGACAAUAAAAAAAGGCAUAGAAGAAAAAGAAAAACUACCUAAAAAAGAGGAAAAAAAGAAAAAAUCAUUAAAAGAGCGAGUGAUGGAUGAACUCCGACAUUAUUACCAUGGCUUUAGAUUAUUAUUCAUAGAAAUAAGGAUAUCCACUUCGCUAUGUUUUAGGAUUUUAAAAGGAGAGUCCUUGACACGUCGAGAACACAGGCUUUUGGUGACAACAAUUGGCGACCUGUUUAGAAUGGUACCUUUUAUAGUUUUCAUUGUUGUACCAUUCUUGGAAUUUGCUUUGCCACUUUUUAUCAAGUUAUUUCCCAACAUGUUGCCAUCGACAUUUGAGAGCAGAGAUCAAAAGGAAGCAAAGUUAAAGCAGCACUUGAAGGUGAAGUUGGAAAUGGCAAAAUUUUUCCAAGAAACACUGGAUCAAAUGGCACCGCAGGCCAGUAACAGGCAUUCUGAGAUUGCGAAAGAGUUUUCUAUGUUUUUUAACAAGGUACGAACCACGGGUGAUGUGGCAACGAGCGAGGAGAUUAUGAAAUUCUCUAAGUUGUUUGAAGAUGAAAUCACUUUAGAUUCUUUGCAAAGACCACAUCUAGUUGCAUUAUGUAAAGUUUUGAAUGUAAGCACUAUUGGUACUAGUGCCAUGUUAAGGUUCAAUUUGAAGAUGAAGUUGAGGUCUCUAGCAGCAGAUGACAAGAUGAUUGCAAAAGAGGGAGUGGACAGUUUGAAUUUUAGUGAAUUACAGCAGGCUUGUAGAGCGCGAGGUAUGAGAGCAUAUGGUGUUUCAGAAGAGAGACUUAAAAAAGAAUUAAAGAAUUGGCUAGAUCUGUCAUUGAAUGAAAAAGUUCCACCAUCCUUACUACUGCUUUCAAGAGCUUUGAUGGUACCUGAGCAUGUGCCCACUACAUAUAAACUGAAGGCUACAAUAUCUGCAUUGCCAGAACAGGUUGUUACUCAGACGAAAGCUGCCAUAGGAGAAAAAGAAGGCAAAGUGGACUUCAAGACAAAAGCAGAAGCGAUCAAAUUGGAAGAACAAAAGAUCAAGGAAGAGAAGAAAGAACUUCAAGAAGCAGAAAGGCAAAAGGAAACCUUGGAAGCCAAAAAGAGAGAGAAAGAGGAACUCAAGGACAAAGCUCCAAUUAUCGAUACAGAGUCUACUCCUGCCAUGAUAGAUCCAGCACCUGUUAUUACAAUUGAAUCCAAGAAGCCUGAAGAGGGUCUGUCUGGUAAAGACAUUGAAGUAAUUGAAGAUGCUUUAGAGAAAUUAGCUGAGCAGAAAAAGUCCCUGUUGCUUGAGAAAGAGAGCAUUCAAGAGUUGAAGGCUGAGCUUUCAGAAUACAGUGAAGAUGUACAGGAGAUGAAUGAGAUUGUGAAGACCAAACAGGCAGACAUCAAAUUGACUAAGGGAGCUAAAAGAUUAUAUCGAGCAGUUAAUAAUAUGAUACUUAAAUUGGACUCCGCUUUGGUUGAGUUGGAAAGUAAAGAAAAAGCUCUUAAAACAACUCUGGAGCAGACCAAGUUUGAGCCAGAAAAAGCCAAGGAACAACUGAUUCAAAUCGAUGAACUGAUGCAUUCAAUAAAGAGUCUCCAAAAAGUACCUGAUGAGGCCAAGUUGAAACUAAUACAGGAUGUUUUGGGAAGACUGGAUGAUGAUUUCGAUGGACAAUUGAAGAUUGAUGAUGUGUUGAAGAUGUUAGAGAUAAUAGGCAACGAAAACGUACACUUAUCCGAGAAACAGAUGGCUGAAUUGAUUGAACUGUUAGAUAAAGAAGAGAUUCUCGAAGUUGAGAGUAAAAUCCAGAAAGCGCUCGACAAAGCUGCCGUGGCUGCUAAGGAGCAAGACAAAUCCACAGAAUCUGAGGGAAAGAGUUUAUUCGACAUAAUUAGGGAGGCGCAGCGGAGAAGAGAGAUGAAGAAAGCAGAAAAAAAGGUUGAGGAACCAGUGGUGCCCAAGAGUGAUGCCAUAGUAAAACCAGAGGAGAGCAGUAAAAGGCCAGAGAGCCAUUGA